AACGAAAUGAAUCAUAGACAGCAAUCGAAGUUAUUAUCAGAUAAAUAAAAGAUCGGAGACGGUACAAUAUUCCGUUCAAUGCUCGUAUUUCGAUAAUCAUAUUAUGAUAUAUAAGUAAGCUCUUUACAAUUAUUUAAAAGUGAUAAAGAACUAAAAUCAAUAAUCUUUAGUUCAAUCUCAAUUUCGUGAUCUAUACGUUGAAAGAACGUAGGUAUAUAUGAAAAAUAGCAGCUAUCGAUAUUCAUAGAUAUGUAAUCUGCUCGGCCGUCUUUCAUUAAAGCAAUUAUCUUACUAUAUUCAAUACACUGCUUAUAAUACUUAUAGACUUCUGCCGGGGUUCCCCUCACUGAUGUUAAUAUGUUUCAUUAGGUAAGUCGGGGGAUUUAUAUAUGAGUCACAUUCUUGUAGAAGUCUUCAGUACUGCAACAGAUCUCAGCAGAGUAGCAUUGGUACGUGAAUUUCUCCAUUAAUAACUGUUGCAUGAACAUGGAAUCUUUUACAUCGUCGAGAUUUUUUCUUGUUGGCCUGCUAGUUGCGGUUAGCAUCUUUGCCAUUGGCUUUAAUAUUGUAACAGCGCAGCAGGAAAAAUCAGAAUCGAACAAACUAAAGUUUGUUACUCGAGCUGAGUGGGGCGCCCAGUCACCUGUCAAACCACCCAACGCCCUGGUUGUUUCUCCAGCUCCGUACGUCAUUAUCAGCCACACGGCCUCGAAUUUCUGCUACAAGAUUUCACAGUGUGUCCUUAAUGUCCGAGUCAUGCAGACCUUCCACAUAGAGUCCAAGGGUUGGGAUGACAUUGGCUACAGCUUCAUAGUGGGCGGCGAUGGCAACAUUUAUGAAGGUCGCGGUUGGGAUGUCCAGGGUGCUCACACUUUCAAUUACAACGACAAAAGCAUCGGCAUAUCGUUUAUUGGUACCUUUAACCAAGCUCGGCCGACUGACGCCCAGCUUGAAGCUGUCCAAAAACUGAUUCAAUACGGAGUGGAAUCUGGCAAACUUAGCAGCGAUUACAAACUGCUGGGUCACAGGCAAUGCGUCAAAACUGACAGCCCUGGUGAGGUUCUCUACAAUAUCAUCAAGACCUGGGAUCACUGGUCUCAAACGCCUUGAGGAAGAUCUUAUUUUAUGACUGAUAUUGUUAUGGCUUAGUUGUUGAAUAUGUAUUCAUAGAGAUGUAAGUUUUUGUAAUCGAUGAUAUAAUUUAAAUACAGUGUACGUAGCAUGUC